AUGGUAUUAUUCCUAUUCUGUUUCCUGUCCUUGCCGCCCCACCCCGUGGUGCUGCAGUGGAUCGCGGAGGCUUGGGAUCAAGUCCCCAAGCAGAUCAUCAUCGACGCGUUCCGCCACUGUGGGAUCUCAAGCAAGCUGGACGGAACGGAGAACCACCUGGUGAUGUCUCACCUGCGCGCCAGGAGCACCACUGAUGUCUCCGCGGACAUGUCCCUCGGGGGGACCACAGGCGACAACACGCGCCUGCUCGGUCGGGCUCCAGAGGAGGAGGAGGAGGAGGAGGAGGAGGCGAUGCAGGCGGAGGGCGUGCGGGAGGUGGCAGUGGCAACCGGCCUGGAGGUGCUGUACCAGUAG